AUGAAAUUAAAUCUUUAUGUACUGACUCCUAAACGAAUUAUUUGGGAUUGUGAAGUGAAAGAAAUCAUUUUAUCUACUAAUAGUGGCCAAAUUGGUGUAUUACCAAACCACGCCCCCAUUAACACAGCUGUAGAUAUGGGUCCUUUGAGAAUACGCCUCCUGAACGACCAAUGGUUAACGGCGGUUCUGUGGAGUGGUUUUGCAAGAAUAGUUAAUAAUGAGAUCAUCAUUUUAGGAAAUGAUGCAGAACUGGGUAGUGACAUUGAUCCAGAAGAAGCUCAACAGGCACUUGAAAUAGCCGAAGCUAACUUGAGUAAAGCUGAAGGUACGAAAGAAUUGGUUGAAGCGAAGCUAGCUCUCAGACGAGCUAGGAUACGAGUCGAGGCUGUCAAUUGGAUUCCCCCAUCCAAUUGA